AAACCCUCUAAUUUUGUAUUUCAGGUACCACUGCUGUCGGUUGUCUCUGCAAGUUACAGAGUUAGGAAGUUGCCCAGUUAAUAGACAGUCAGAACUGACUGGUUAUCAUUAAGAAUUUUAUUAGUACUGUAGCAGCAUUGUGGAAAAAGAAACAAUGUCAGAGCAUAAUGUACCCAAAUUGCAAGUAUCACAAGACUGAUAAACAGGCAAUCUGUCUCAAGAGAAAAAGGAAAGGUUCAGAAUACUGUGAGAAUAAUGUGAAGAAGCUGAGUUCAAGUAAAAAUGAAAACAUGUCUGAAAAAGAUAUUCCCGUAAAAUAUCCACGUAAGGAAUUACUGGCAGGAAAACAGCUUGUUCUUAAGGCUGUGACAGAAUUACUUACAGCUGACGAAGUCUUUUUUGAUGUAGAAACAACAUCCUUAAAAUGGAAUAGUGAUAUCAUACAGAUUGCUGCAGUGUCUAAAAAUGACAUUUUUGAUGAAUAUAUCAUUCCAAGCCAAUUAAUAGUCCCUAAGGUAUCAGAUAUUACAGGAAUCACAUUUUAUGAUGGAGUUUUUGCCAUUCAUGGCCAUCCUCUUGAGGCAAAAGCUCGAAAAGUUGCUGUUCAUAAUUUUUUGAAGUGGGUGGAAUCAAAAUCUCCUGUUCUUCUUUUUGCCCAUAAUGCCAAGUUUGAUUAUACCCGUUUCUUCCAUGCAAUUGACAAAGAAGAUCUUGUGAAACAAUUUCAGAAACACAUAAUUGGAUUUGUUGACACUUUAGAAGUGUUUAAAACUGAGUAUCCAGGAUUAGUUUCAUACAAGCAAGACAGGCUAGUGGAAAAAUUCCUUAAGAAGUUUUAUGACUGUCACAAUGCUGUGGAAGAUUCAAAACUUCUUCAAGAGUUAUACAAUACUACUCGGCCUCAUGGUAAUGCUAAGUUCUGCACCUUCACAUCUGCUUAUGAUAAGUGGAUUUGUGAUUCAGCAUGCAAGAUGAAAACAGAAACUUUUCGAUCAAUGAUUAGGAAGAAGUAUGUAUCGGGUAGUAUGGCAAAAAAAAUGGCAUAUUCAGGACUAACUCUUGAAGAUUUGCAUUGUGUGUAUGAGAAGGAUGGGAAUGAUGGAUUAGUGGCACUCCUUAGUGGGGAUGAAGCAAUGGGAAAGCCUUGUAUCACAAAGCAUAAACGAAUCAUUAACAGUAUAAUUUCAUACUUGCAUAAAUUUAAAUCCAAGUACGUAAUUGUAUAAUACUAGUAUUGCCUAUGUGCAGCUAAAGGAGCAGACCUAUGCUCAUGGUGUCCUGGCAUCAGUACUUUGUUCAAAUACUUUUUUUUUUUUAAAUUUGCAAUGGUCAGUUGAAGCACUACGUACUUCCUCUUCAUUCUAUUCGUCAAACCACCUUGCAAAAAACUUUUCCAGUGUGCUUUUGGUUCUUUAUCCCAAUUUAUAUCUGUGGCCUCUUGUUGCCCUGUUGUAGGUGUUAAGGCUGUAUGACCCUUGUGGGUUUAGUGAUUAGUUUUGAUUAUAAUAAUGUAGGCACUAAGAAUUCUAAUUCAUCUAGUUUUUCAUGUCCUUUUAUAACUUAGUAUGUAGCUACCAUGUCAUCUUUUUUCUAUUAGCCAGUGUGGGCAUCUGUAGCAUUUUUAGCAUUUCAUUAUAACUCUUAAUUAUUUUGUAGCUGUUUGUUGGACCAUUUCUAACCUAUCCAAAUAUUUUGAUGUGUGCACCACACAACCACUGCACUCUAUACCAGUUACAGCGGUAUUCAGUUCAUAAUAUAUAUAGAAUUAAUAAUGUUGUUAAGAGGACAUUCAGACCAAGUCCAACUGGUAAGCCUAGUUGCUGCUUCUGUGGCCCACAGAAUAUAAAAAUGAGAAACUAGUCUCACAGCACUAGCAGUUCAGAAAAGAGAAGAUAAUUUAUGCAGUGAGAAGCUAUAGGUGAAGGAUGAUGCAGGUAUACAAAAUAUGUGCUACAGUAUAUUUAAGAUGUAAUGCUGUACAAGAUAUUACAACAAAUGUAGUGAUAUGAAAUUAUUGAAGUUUAUAUUUAAUUAUGAGAAAUCUGACAUUAGCUUAUUGUUGCUUGUAUUGUGGAAGAAGCUAGCCAUUAUUAAGUGUGAAGAACAGCUUUAGGAGUUGAUCUGUUUUUGAACUACUCAAAAUCUUACAGAAUAAAUACUAUAUAUAAAGAUAUGAAAAUGUUAUACACAAUGCAUAACAGUACUUGAAUCUUUCAUAUAUGAUGCUAAAAUGAGUACUGUAUAGUAAUGUGUACUCUAAUUAAUUUAUUGUUAGUUAUUGGCUUGUUACAAAUGUUAAGUUUUUGUUUACAUAGUAUAUUUUCCUAUGUACAGUAAUAUGUAUUUAAAUUUUAUGAAUAUUUAAGUAAUGACUGUAUGCUUGAGAAUUGAUAACUAAUUAAAUGUAUGUUUAUGAUUUAUGAAUAACAUAAGAUUACUUGUACUGUAGCUAGCAGAAUUAAACCUAUUAUGACUA